CCGAGGUCCGCCUCUCCGGUCCCUCCGCCUUCCCGCGAGUUGCCUCCGCCUCCUUCCUCUGCCUCCACCCUCCACCCCCAACCCCGUCUGUCGGGAGCUGGGCUCGGAGCCCUCAGUCGGCCCGAGCUCUGGAUGUGGGUGCCAGAUAAGUCCACGGAGCCGAGCCUCAAGAUGGAUAGCCGCUACACCAGCACUGCGGGCCUCGGAGAUUUAAACCAGCUGAGCGCUACCAUCCCGGCCACACGAGUGGAGGUGUCGGUGUCUUGCAGAAAUCUUCUUGACAGAGACACAUUUUCUAAAUCUGAUCCAAUUUGUGUCUUAUAUGUACAAGGAGUUGGAAAUAAAGAAUGGAGAGAGUUUGGAAGGACUGAAGUCAUUGAUAAUACUUUAAAUCCUGAUUUUGUAAGAAAAUUUAUUCUGGACUACUUUUUUGAAGAAAGAGAGAAUCUUCGUUUUGACUUGUAUGAUGUUGAUUCAAAGAGUCCGAACUUGUCCAAACAUGACUUUCUGGGACAAGUGUUUUGUACAUUGGGGGAGAUUGUUGGUUCACAGGGAAGUCGCCUGGAAAAGCCAAUAGUAGGAAUUCCAGGAAAGAAGUGUGGCACAAUCAUACUUACAGCGGAGGAAUUAAACUGUUGUAGGGAUGCUGUUCUGAUGCAAUUUUGUGCAAACAAAUUGGACAAGAAGGACUUUUUUGGAAAAUCAGAUCCUUUUCUUGUAUUUUACCGAAGUAAUGAAGACGGAAGUUUUACAAUUUGUCAUAAAACAGAAGUUGUAAAAAACACUCUGAAUCCUGUGUGGCAAGCAUUCAAGAUCUCAGUCCGAGCUUUAUGUAAUGGCGAUUAUGACAGAACUAUCAAAGUAGAGGUGUAUGACUGGGAUCGAGAUGGGAGUCACGAUUUCAUUGGCGAAUUUACAACAAGCUAUAGGGAACUUUCUAGAGGGCAGUCACAAUUCAAUGUAUAUGAGGUGAUAAAUCCCAAAAAGAAAGGGAAAAAGAAGAAAUAUACUAAUUCAGGAACAGUCACCUUACUCUCUUUCUUGGUAGAAACAGAAGUUUCAUUCCUUGACUAUAUUAAGGGAGGAACGCAAAUCAAUUUCACAGUGGCCAUUGAUUUUACAGCAUCAAAUGGCAACCCUGCCCAGCCUACUUCACUUCACUACAUGAAUCCUUAUCAACUGAAUGCCUAUGGAAUGGCAUUGAAAGCAGUGGGAGAAAUCGUUCAAGAUUAUGACAGUGACAAAAUGUUCCCAGCUUUAGGUUUUGGUGCAAAACUGCCUCCAGAUGGAAGGAUAUCUCAUGAGUUUGCUUUGAAUGGGAACCCUCAAAACCCCUACUGUGAUGGCAUUGAGGGUGUCAUGGAGGCUUAUUAUAGGAGUCUGAAAUCUGUACAACUGUAUGGGCCAACCAACUUUGCUCCUGUAAUUAAUCAUGUAGCAAGAUAUGCUUCUUCUGUAAAGGAUGGCUCCCAAUAUUUUGUGCUCCUGAUUGUAACAGAUGGUGUUAUUUCAGAUAUGGCUCAAACUAAGGAGUCCAUAGUUAAUGCUUCAAAACUUCCAAUGUCAAUAAUCAUAGUAGGUGUUGGACCAGCAGAAUUUGAUGCAAUGGUUGAAUUGGAUGGAGAUGAUGUAAGAGUUUCCUCCAGAGGAAGAUAUGCUGAAAGGGACAUUGUGCAGUUUGUGCCAUUCAGGGAUUAUGUCGACAGAAGCGGAAACCACAUACUGAGCAUGGCUAGAUUGGCUAAAGAUGUCCUAGCGGAGAUCCCUGAGCAGUUUCUCUCCUACAUGAGGGCCAGAGGAAUCAAGCCAUCACCUGCACCUCCCCCAUACACUCCACCUACACAUGUGUUACAGACUCAGAUAUGACUGUACUCCAAAAUGCUAAUGUGACUACGCUUCGGUUAGAACUGCUGAGUCCAUACUUUGCUCCUGGUGCUCUAUAAUGAACCAGGGACUGAGACACUUUUCUCAGUUUGGUUUCAGCAGUAUUGGUUAACAUGCUUUCUUGAAUCCAAAAUUAAUUAUCUUCCUAAACCAAAACUGUAAAUAUGGUUGUUGCAUGAGCAACAGAAAUAUUGUUUAAAUGCUUAAAGCAAAAUAUGGAUGUCUUCUCUGAAUCUUUAAAUGUUUUUUGGACAGAAACAGCUAUUUCCAAUGUAUUGUUGGGAACAAGCACAAGCUAUGUUUUUAAAUCAAAUAUUGCCCUCGACUGCUGUAUGUAUAGGAAAGCAGUCUCUCUGUAUCAAUGUUUACAUGUUACUACUUUUUAACUCUCAAUACUUUUAUAACUGUUCUUAAGAAUACAAAUUUUGAAUAUUGAAUCCUUUGUCUUCUAAAUUGCAAUAGCUAUAAUCACAAGAGCAAUAUCUCUUUGAAUGACUGGACAAAUGCAAUUGUGAGCAAGGGAAGGGAAAGAUUCUUUCAUGUCUCUCAGUAAGUGAGUUGUCUUAUGAAGCUGCAUUUGCUUAGUAAUCAGUUCCUCUGUGCUAUUUGCCAAGUAUGGGAGUUUACACUUAGCAGAUGUGUAUCCUGAAAGCACAUGCAUUUUUCAUGCAGUUUGGGUUCUGAAUUUAGACUACAGUUUGUUUAUGUUUUGUAAUGCUAAGUAGAAAUAAUAAAAAGUCAAAUAUAGUGACCUGUAAAUGCACAGAAUAUACUUUGUGUAAAAAAGUAACGUCUUUAUACUAUGGUCUACAAUACUAUGUAGAAAGGUUAAAGCCCAGAAUAUUUAACUAUAAACCAUGUAGCAGAUGUUUUAAACUUUUUAUUUCAUUAUACCUUGUCUAGAUAUUUUAAUUCAAAGGGAUACUGGCUCUCUUAAUUUGUAUUUCUUUCCAAGUUGCCACACAAGGUGCACAGGCUGGAAGUUUUUUGUCAAAAAUUCCCAGUUAAAUAUACACAACCAUGUGACUUAGUGCACAAUACAUUUGUGAAAAAACCUGCUCCUAUAUACUGAUCUGUCUGUCCACAGUUAAUUGUAAAGAGUUUUUGCAUGUACAGUUUUUACAAGAACUACAGUUUUGUGUCAAGAAUGACAGUCGUAUCUAAAUUAAAGCAUUUCUUUAGAACAAAUGGCCUUAAAUUCUCACAAAAUUCCUGGAUAUGAUUGUGAAUUGCCUUUAAAUAAGAGAAAAGUGUAUUUAUUUUUUGUGUGUGUGUGUCAACUUUAUAAUAUUUGCCUCACUUACCCUAUCUACAACUCAGUUUAUUUCUACUGUAUCUCAUUCUUUUUGUCCCAAGUGGACUUAGUGAUUUUUAUAAGCAUGAAACUAUUUUACUGAAAAGAAAAAUAUAUCCAUUCACAUUGAUCUAAGUGUAUCAAUGUUAUAUAAUUAUGUAAUCCUAAAUGGUCCAUUUUUAGGUAUAUAUUAAAAUUUUUAAAAGGGUAAGUAUUUGCUCUGUAAAUUUUAUGUCUGAAUGACAUGGAGUCUGAUGAUUUCCUUUACUGAUCUUAAAUAUUUGUGCUAGUAUAGUUUAUUAACCUACAAUUUUUUUAAUUUACCUUCAUUUAUCAGUUCAAAAAACAAAAAUAAAUAAGAUCAAUAUUCUUUCUUGUC